AUGCCUAAGCGUGGGAAAAUUUUAGAUAGAAAUGGUAUCGAACUUGCAGUAAACAAAAUCUCGUAUAUUAUCGUAUUCGAUGGAAAAAAAACUCUUAAUAAAGAAGUAAGUGAGGAAGAAGUUACAGCGGGAGAUAAUGUAGUUGCAUUUUAUAAGCGUCAUUACCCAUUUGGCUCAAUAUGUUCACAUGUAUUAGGAUAUACAAACAAACAACAAACAGGAGUUAGUGGAAUUGAAUAUAUACACGACGAUGUAUUAAAAGGCACGCCUGGAAAAAUCGAGCAGGAAGUAAACUCUAAAAAACGCAUCAUAAGAGAGUUAUCAAAUACACCACCACAAGAUGGAAAUGAUGUACAAUUAGCGAUUGAUAUAAAUCUGCAAAGAAGAAUUGCAGAGAUAUUUCAUGAUCAUAAAGGUUCAGUGACAGUUAUUGAUGUCAGAAAUGGGGAAAUUUUAGCGUUGUAUAAUUCACCUGCCUAUGACAGUAAUCUUUUUACUGGCACAUUGCCAAAUGAUACCUGGAAGAGAUUGAAUUCUCCUUCAUUACCACUAGUAAAUCGAGCAUUAUCAUAUCAAAUUCCUCUUGGGUCAAUUUUUAAGAUAAUAGUUGCGCUUGCAGCUCUGAAAGAUUGCAUAAUCAAACCACAGGAAAAAUUCCUAUGUAAGGGUCAUAUGCAAAUAGGUAAUCGAAAAUUUCACUGUUGGAAAAGCGCUGGCCAUGGAUACGUAUCUUUAAAUGAAGCAAUAGCUUCUUCAUGCAACAUUUACUUUUUUCACAUAGGUAAAAAAAUAAACGUAGAUUCUGUGGUAGAAAUGGCCAGUAAAUUUGGUAUUGGUAGUGGACCGCUAAUGAAAAAUUUUAAAGAAGAGGCCUCAGGGUUAUUACCUAGUAAAAGCUGGCGUGAGCAAAGGCUAUAUUCACAAUGGCAGUUGGGUGAUACUAUUAAUUUGGCUAUAGGUCAGGGUUAUAUACUUGCAACACCACUACAACUUGCAGUACUUGCAGCAAGAUUUGCAACAGGCAAGAAAGUAAUGCCUUAUAUUGAGAUGAAUAAAACAAAGGAGGAUUUUACUAAAGUUAAUAUAGAUUAUACGCACCUUUCUAUUGUUCAAAAUGCUAUGUUUGAUGCAGUUAACUCUAGAAUUGGUACUGCAUAUACUACCAAAUCACCCAAAGACAUACGAAUUGCCGGAAAAACUGGCACACCGGAAAUAAACUCACGGGGUAAAAGCCACAAGUUAUUUAUUGCUUAUAGUUCUUCACAUUAUGCAUUAUCUGUAUUUAUAGAACAUGGCAAAGCCCCGCGUCAAGACUUUCUUAUAGCUUAUAAGAUACUUAACCAUAUGGCACAAUCUCGCUACUAG